GUGUGGCAUGACAGUGCGAUUUUUAACCGCAAGACGGCUUCGGGACGUCUUUGGUCACGGCACGCCAUGCAUUCCCAUGGAGAUGCCUAUGAGGGUGAACUGGCAAGCAGCAUCUUGCUAGAUCAGAACACGGCACCGGCCCGGGCUGAUUUGCCCGGCUUGCCGCAUCCUUUAUUCGAUUCGACCUUGGGGCCUCCGAACUUCUUCUUGGAUGAAAGUCGAGGUCGUCCAGCCCACCAGCGGAUGGACAUCGCCCGCACGCCCUCGCCGUCCCCCGUGUACCAAUACGGCGGCCCACGGCCACAGGGCUUCGGCUCGGAGGAUCCCAUCCCUGCCACCAGCUCCAGCAGCUCCCGUGGCGGUGCCGGCUUCGCCGGGUACAGCGGCUCCCAGGCAGUCUGGGGGGGCAACCAGUCAGGCUUCGUCAACAUGGUGCUGCACAAUGAGAGCAGCUCCCCAGGCCUGACGCCAGUGAAGCCGGAACCCAAGCCGCCAAUGAGCCCGGCUGGCCCGGUGCCAGUGGACCCGGGGGUGCUGUCAAUGAUGAUGGCGCUACAGAACCAGCCACCGGGGGCAGCCGCCACGGGACCCAGCAACUUCCCUAGCAUGCCGCCGCCACGGUUCGUGCGGGCGCCGGAGCCGGAGUUUGCCUCUCAAAGGGAGUUGAGCCCCAGUCAGGCGUUGCCUCCAGGGCCACAGCCGCCGAGAAGUCAAAAUGAGAACAAGAAGGGGAAGCAACGAAAGGAGAAGGAAACUCCGAAGGCUCCCCUGCCCCAGCAGCACGAGCCGGGUGCCAUUGCACCUGGUUCCGCCAGCCUCAACACCCGAGCUGCAGAGAAGGGUGGAGGCAAGGGCGACCGCCGGCGGCGAGGUGGACACACAGAGGCCGGCGAGGAGUCCCGAGUCGGCAAGCCGAGACCACAGUCCAGCAGCCCUUUGAUCGAGCAUCUUAAGGCGCGUGAGAGAGUCGUGGACUUAGCCGAGCUGUCGAUGCACAUCAGCGAGAUCGCGCAGGAUCAAUAUGGCUCCAGGCUGAUCCAGCAAAAGUUGGAGGUGGCCACCGAAGAACAGAAACAGCAAGCCUUCAAACAGGUUCUCCAAAAGAUGAACCAGUUGACCACGGACGUCUUUGGCAACUAUGUCAUCCAGAAGUUUUUCGAGUAUGGCAAUGCGGAUCAACGCCGCAUCUUGGCGGAGCAGCUGGUGGGACAAGUCUUGAAACUUUCCCUCCAGAUGUACGGGUGCCGAGUGGUUCAGAAGGCGCUGGAUUCCGUUCCCAUCGAGAAGCAGGUAUUGCUGAUCGGUGAGUUGAAGGGCCAUGUCCUGAAGUGCAUUGAAGACCAGCAUGGGAACCAUGUCAUUCAGAAGUGCAUUGAGCGACUUCCGACGGAUCGCAUUGGUUUCAUCGUGGAUUCCUUCCUUGGUCAAGCAGCGCGCAUGGCCAAGCAUUGCUACGGCUGCCGUGUGAUCCAACGACUCAUCGAAUACUGCGCUUCGGUGCAGAUCUCUGCGCUGCUGGAUGAGGUCCUUCAGUGUUGUAUGGAGCUGGCCACGGAUCAGUAUGGAAACUAUGUGGUGCAACAUGUGAUGGAGCAUAGCAGUCGACCUGGUGAUCGUCAGCAUGUCAUGAACAUCAUCCGGAAGAACAUUCUGUCUUUGUCCUGUCACAAGUACGCCAGCAAUGUGAUCGAGAAGGCCUUGCAAUGUGCCACGCCUGAGGAGCGCGCGCUCCUGGUGGAGGCGAUUUGUGGACAGCAAAACGAUCCGCAUCCGCCCCUGCUGGUGAUGAUGCGUGACAGGUUUGGCAACUACAUAGUGCAACGCGUGAUCGCGCUAGCGCAGCUUCCACAGCGCGACAUGCUGUUUUGGAAGCUGCGGGAGCAUAUGCCGGUGCUCAAGAAGUCCAACACGUACGGCAAACACAUCAUUUCUGCGAUGGAGCGGGCACAAGCCGGGGUGAAAGAUUGACCGCCGCCCGGGGGUUUGGUGCCGCAAGCUAAGCUUGGUGGUGGCCAGGGUCUAAGGGCUGUGUCCCC